UCCCUGGCAUAGGAUAUGGGGUUUCCAUGUGCUGGGUUGUUGGUAAUAGAAACGGCAGACAAGCGUUACAGAUCGAUAUUGAACGUCAUUUCCGGAAGACCCUGGAAUUUGAUGUUGAUGAAAAAUGUGAGAAGAAACGCUAAUGGGGUUAAAUUUUAUACAUUAUUCACGCCGUGUUUAGCUGAAAUAAUUCAGAAACUCAAACGGUCAGGAUAUCAGCUGAUAAACUUCAACAACAUAAUUUGUUUCGGAGUUAAUAUGUCUGUAUCAAAAGAUCGCCACUCCUAUGACAGGGACAGCAGCAGUGACACAGAAGAUUACCAUGACUCGGACGACCGAAGGCGUCGUGUGUAUCACAAAAACCGAAUGAGCUAUGUGUCCUCGAAACCAAAGCCGUGCUUAGUCCAGAGACACAGCGCAGGUAGUCGAAAUGACCAGGCAAGUGGUCAUUGUGCUAAACAAACUCUCAGCGAGACUCAUCGUAAAAGGUCACGCCACACACUUGGCAGUGCGAAAAGUCAACUGGGUCAUCGAAGUAGUGGAGGUGCUAUUGGAGGAGCACCUGGAACUAGUGCUGUAGACUCAGAGUCUGUGACACCAGCUUCGCCAGCAGCUGCCACACCACUAUCUGAUGAUAGAGUCACAUUAGUUGUUGACAAUACUCGGUUUAUUGUUGACCCUGCCCUUUUUACUGCACAUCCUAACACAAUGUUGGGAAGGAUGUUCAGCUCUGGUAUAGAAUUUACUCAUCCGAAUGAGAGAGGAGAAUAUGAAGUGGCAGAAGGAAUCUCAGCAACUGUGUUUCGUUCCAUCCUUGAGUAUUAUAAGGGUGGGCUUAUUCGUUGCCCUCCCACAGUUUCCGUACAAGAACUAAGGGAAGCUUGUGAUUACCUCCUUGUUCCAUUUGAUGCUCAAACUGUCAAGUGUCAGAAUCUACGAGGACUGCUUCAUGAGCUGUCAAAUGAGGGUGCACGAUGUCAGUUUGAAGUCUUCUUAGAAGAACUAAUACUACCACUCAUGGUCAACUCAGCUCAACGAGGUGACCGUGAAUGCCAUGUUGUGGUGUUGCUGGAUGAUGAUGUUGUUGACUGGGAUGAAGAGUAUCCUCCACAGAUGGGAGAGGAAUAUUCUCAGACUGUUAACAGUACAGCAAUGCACCGCUUUUUCAAAUACAUCGAAAAUAGAGAUGUGGCUAAGCAAGUUAUGAAGGAGAGAGGGCUGAAGAAAAUUAGACUUGGAAUUGAAGGCUAUCCGACAUACAAAGAGAAAGUGAAGAAAAGAGCAGGAGGACGAGCAGAAGUGAUCUACAAUUACGUUCAGCGUCCUUUCAUUCACAUGUCAUGGGAGAAGGAAGAAGCAAAAAGCAGACAUGUUGAUUUUCAGUGUGUGAAAUCUAAGUCUGUUACAAAUCUUGCGGAGGCAACUGCGGAUCCAGCACUAGAAUUAGAUGCUGGUGGCAACCCUCUGCCAUUGGUUGCUGCUCCUGUGGGUGCUGUGGAACAAGAGGAAGGUGCAGUAGGAGGACCUUUGCUCCCAUCAUUGCCUGCAAACGAGCCAUACCCAGCAGCCGAUGACCUUGUGUUACCAUUGAGUCUUGAUGACAACUCGUAGCCAUUUUUCUUUUGAAAUAUCUUGUGAUGUUUAAAUUAACAGGAAGUGAAUUGUGUGCAAGUGGAUAAUCAAAAUGGUGCUGUGCAUUUGUGGCAUAAUCCAUGGUCACUAAUGGUGCUAAAAUACUAAAUGAUUGUGGUUGCUUCGUAGUGUAAAUGCAUGAAUUACUAAUUGGUAAAACACGCAAAUCUAAUAUAAGGGCUGUAAUUUGUAUGUCAGAACACCCAUAAAUACAUUGGCACAUUCAUGAUUGUUACUUUUUCAUUGGCAGCAUGUAAUAUAAAAUUAUUUAAAACCUGUGAGUUAUGAAUAUUUAUUCUUUAACAAAUGUUUUUAAGCAACAUUUGUCUGUACUGCUGUGUGCUGGAAAACUUUACUGUGUAUAAAUCCUUUCAUUACAAUAUUUAAAUUUAAUGUCUUUUUUCAAACUAGUGAUUGUACUGUCCUUCCAUGUAACAAUGAACUGCUUUCAACAGAUCUCCCCACCCCCACUCUCUCUCUCUCUCUCUCUCUCUCUCUCUCUCUCUCUCUCUGUGUGUGUGUGUGUGUGUGUGUGUGUGUGUGUGUGUGUGUGUGUGUGUGUGUGUGUGUGUGUGUGAGUGAAUAUUGUUAAUGAUUAUUUUUGGUUUCUCAUUUUUGUGAGAUAAUUAAGGAUGUUUUAUCCACAUUUAGCUUCACAAACAAAUUUCCAUUUUUUAUGUAAAACACUUUUGAUGAUUUGAUGACUGAUUUAAUAAUAAGUGAUUGUAAUUAAUUUCACACUUUGUUUUUGUAGGUUAGUGUAUCCAAAUCUGCAUCUAUGUAGUAAAUUAUAAUUAAUUUGUUACAUGUUGUAUAUAUACAGCUCAAAAUACUGUGGCUAGAUUUCUUGAUUUGUAUAAGUUGGAUCUCAGAUAAAUCAUUAUGCAGUCCAGGAUGUAGUGGAGGGGAAUGAAGGCCCAUGGCAUUUGCCUGUACUGUUGUGUGCUGAAAUUUUUGUAGGCCAUGGAAGUUUGAAUUCUGUUUCUAACCAUAAAAGUUUGUGUAUAAUUUCAUUUACUGAGAGGUUUAAGGUCAGCUUGAUUGCAAAAGGAGAACGUACAAAUCGCUAAAAUUUCCAUCUUCAAACGAUACUAUUUAUCAGGUUGAAGCAGUAUUUGAGACAAAGCCAUCAAAUUCCAGAGACAGUUGAAACACGAGCACUGUUAGAUACAGGGAAAGAAUGUUUGCUUACCUACCACUAAAAUGUCAUGUGAAAAUGCUGUUAAAAUUAUUUAAAAAAUAAAAUUCCAGCUAAUUGUAUUAAUUUGUAUAAGGGUACAUUGUGCUUCACUGUCUACAGUUUCGGGUGAUAUUCAGAGAGGACACAGAAGCCAUCAAAAAGAACUGACAUACAGUUGAUGUUCAGUGUUACUAGUAAGUGUAAGAAUAGAAUAUCAAACAUUUUUAUCACAGAUUUGUUAAUGUUUGUACAUGAAAGCUGUAAAUGUUUUUAGCAUUUUGUGGUUUAAUAAAUGUUCACUUCAUUCUGCUAGCA